AUGCAGAUUUUAAAAAACCCAGUCGAUAGAUAUUUCCAUCGCAAAACCUGCUACCAUUUAUAUUUAUUUACUCUUCUUUUUUUCUGCAAACUACCGGUAUUUUGGCAUGUAUUAAGUUUACUAUUUCUGUCUCCGCAUAUGCAAUUUACUUGUGAAAAUAGUGGUAACUUUUCGGAUGACCAGUGUCCUUGUGAAAACCCUGUUUGGGAUAAAAGUGUGUUCACCGAGACCAUGCAGACGAAAUAUUCUAUAGUUUGUGAAAAUGCAUGGCUGGUUAGCUUUUCGCAAAGCAUGCUGUAUUUUGGGUUGUUACUCGGAGCUCUGUUCUUUGGGUUCCUGUCUGAUAGGUUCGGUCGCCUACCAAUAUUUUCACUAAGCACACUCCUGAUGGCAUCAGCAGGUUGCCUGGUGCCACUCAUGCCAACCGCCGCAUCAUUCAUCGUGAUUCGCUGUAUCGAGGGUAUUGGCUCGGGAGGAGCCAUCGUUACCGGCUACGUGCUCAUUAUCGAAUACUGUGGAACUAACUACAGAGAAACGGUCUCAGCCCUUUACCACAUACCCGUCAACGUGAGCCACUUGUCUUUGGCAGGAAUCUCUUACCUCAUAAGGCACUGUGAUGCAUUCCAACUAGCUCUGUCAGUGCCGGCAUUUUUGUGUGUCACACCAUGGUGCCUGUGCUUAGAGUCCCCAAAGUGGUUGAUAGCUCACGGAAAAAUUGAUAAAGCAACGCGUGUGCUGGAGAAGAUUGCAGCUUUUAACCGCAAGCCGGCAGAUAAUAUCAAAACAGAAAUAGAAGAGUACUACGCAGCUCAAUCUUCCAUCAAAAGUCACAAAGUGAAGUUCUGGCAAAUCUUCCAUCAUAGGAGGCUCAUUAUUAAUCUGUUCUGCAUAUCUUUCAAUUACUUCGUGUGUGGCAUGGGGUACUAUGGCGUCUCUCAAUACAUCGGCAACAUGAGUGGCGACAUCCACAGGAAUGUUGCCAUCUCUGGAGCCCUACUCAUACCUGGAACAAUCACCAGCGCAUUCCUACUCAACCACUUAGGCAGACGAUCUUUUCUUAUGACAACCACCUUCUUAUCAGGGAUAUUAAUGAUAGUAGUAAUAAUGAUUCCUGAACAUGCAAACUUGGCCAGGGUAUGCACAGCUUGUAUUUGCAACACUUUCUUUUUCAUGUCUUUUAUUAUCGUGUUUUUGUAUGGUGUGGAAUUAUUUCCGACUUCUAUAAGGAAUACUGUGUUAGGCUUCUUAUCAGUACUGUCAAGAGUUGGUCAAAUAACUGCUCCUCCUAUCAAUGGUUUAUCUCAAGUAGUUUCGGGAGCUAUUUUUGGAAUGAUGGCCAUUAUAGGAGGAUUUUUGUGUUUACCAUUACCUGAAACGAAGUUUGUAGAACUACCAUCAUCUUUAGAAGAUUCAAAAAGCUUGCCCAAGAGAAAGUCUGGACAGCAAAGUGUGCAACUAGAUCAGAUAUAA